AUGGGUCUGCAGAGAGAAUUUAUCCGCGAUCCCAAAUAUGGCACUGUGUCCUCAGACAGCUGCUACACCGUCCUGACGACCACCGUGCCCCGCUAUGCCUGCUGGCUGAUGGAAUCUGACGUCAAGCAAUCGGAGGAAGCCCAACAUCUUGCUAAGAAGGAGGAAGCCACUUGUUUGGGAACGGCUUUGACUGUAGCAGACGCAGCCUACGUGUUCUCCAGCAGCCUGCUCUCCUCACCUGAAGAAGGAAAAAUCAUUUUCUUCUCUGAGGGACUCUUGUUCGUCCAUUCUCAAUAUGGAAGCAUUACCCUGUCCAAGGAUCACAUCAGCACCAUCAAGUUCUAUGAUCCGGACUCCAGUGCUGUGGCGUCUCUCCUGGUGGAGUAUAAGAGCAGCCUGCUCCCCCACCUCCCCUUCCCCCUGCACAGCGCUGACCGUUGUCUGGUGUUUGCUCUUCAGCCCAGGUCCAAGAGCCACAGGGCCUUCUAUUCCAAGGUUCUGUCGGUGUGGCAAAACUCUAAAUCUGAUCUCCCUCUGCAAAUGGUGGACCAAAAGCAGCUGACCUGGAACCAGAAAAAUAUGCACAGCAGACUGCAGAAGCUGCACGACAGUCAGGAGCCUCCUGUGGCCAAACGCAGAGGCAGCCUGAAGACUUCCUACUCCCAGCUGCCAGAGCAGGACAUGUUUUUACAACACUUCGCCUUGAGUAGCAUCGGUCAGGAGCCCAUUCUGUACGACCACCUGGGGGUGCUGUUCCCCUCUGCAGAGCUGAGGAACCCAGUCAGCAGUCUGGGAGACAAGGUUGUGGUUACCAUCAUCACUGGAUUACCAGGAAGCCAUAAGGAGAGGCUCUGCAACUACUUGGUCCAGUUGAACAAGGAGCGUGGAAGGUGGGUGGUGUACAAGCCUGACCCUGACAGCUUUGACAGCUUCUCAGCCUCUCACCUGCAGCAGUAUCUGUCCGGCUUCCUGGAGAGCCAGAGAGGCCCGGGAGGCAAACCCCGUCUGCUGGUGCUCUCACCUGGAUACACAGACGUUCUGGAUGUGGUCCAGGCUGUUCUCUUCCAUCCUGACCCUGUGGUGCAGGCGUGUUUCACCAUCGGUGCUGUCACUGCUUGUGUGGACCCCCUCGCCUCCUGUGUGGAGCAUAGGUGAACAUUUCUUCCUCCAGUUCAUUAUUCUCUC